UCUACAGACAUUAGACAGAACACUACAGAUCUAUGUAGGCCAUGAUGUAAGCUACGUUUCUCUCCGAAGCCCUUCCGAUUUGUUCGCGAAGGGUAAUAACAAGUACGUCGAAAGGGCCCGUAAACGGACCACCAGCGAAAUUUGCGUCACGGACACCUUUUUAUGGAACACCUUGACCUUACCGUUCAUCCACUUACGGUGUUCGCUUUUUAAAGGUGUUUGCUACGAUUCGACAAAAUUGUAUAUUAUUUUGAUAAAAUUGGGUUUUUUUUUCAAUCAAAUUCUGCUAAUAUUUGUUAUGGCAGUCUUACUAUGGCGAUAUUAUCUUGUCGUGCAAACGUUAAUUGUUUUAUUAUUUAAUGAUGCUCAAGUAGUUUCCGAAGUUGCAUUUUUUAAACCUAAAUCCGAUGGCUCUCUUCAAGCUGAAGGCAGACCGUUUCAACUUCAGUGUAUCUUUGACGCCAGUGACCAUCCAGAAAUUGAUCUUUCACAACGAACAGUUAUAUGGAAACGUCCACCCAUACCACCAAAAGAACUAGGUGUAAAAAUUGAUGACAAUAGCAAAUAUGGAAGCAUUACUUUGGAUCAAAUAGAUAAAACAUUUUUGAGAAGCAAGUUGUAUGUUCCUGAACCUCCAGCUUACCUAACAUUUCAAACAGCAUAUUAUGAAUGUGAAUUAGACCCUAAAGUUGGUUCACAGGUGAACUCUCACAAUUUUCCCAUCAAUGUUUUAAAAGCAAAAGCUGUGCCCAAUAUAACAACACCAACUAUAAAGUCAGCCAAACAUGAAGAAAUUGUCAUGUUAAAUUGCUCUGUGACUUAUAAUAAUACAGACCCACUUACAUCAGGAGCAAUGCUGAAUUUGACUUUGAAAAAAGAUAGGAAAAAAUUUGGGUCCAAAAAUGUAAAGUAUUUACAGGGAACACACUCAGUUUCAUUCAAUCAUCGUUUGACUGUGAGAAGCUCUACUGAUGGCGGAGUCUAUACUUGCCAAUGGACAUUAAAACAUCAAAGUGAUGAACUUCGUGGACAAAGCUUGGUUUUUUAAAUAUUUUGCCGUAUCUUGUCGGUCCUGAUAGGAAGGAGGUGAAAAAGUUUCCCGGCAAAGAUGUAACACUUAAAUGUGAUGUGAUUGGUUUUCCCAUUACUUACAAAUGGACGACAAAAAACGGUCCAUCUUUAGAUCGUGAUAAACGCAUAACAAUCAGAAAUUCCACUUUGUCGAUCAAAAAUAUUGAUGUUAAGGAUAGCAAUGAAUAUAUUUGUGCUGGUAAAGUUGUUGAUACAUCGUUGAAACAGAUAAUAAUCCUUCGCGUCAAAGAGAGUGUACUUGGGCUUGAAAAACAGUCUUCAUUAUCAUUGUAUCUGUGGUUUGCGUUCUUGUUAUCGCCAUUGUCGUGAUUGUCGUGGUUAUUUUUUGGUUUCGUCGUAAGAGGAAAAAUACCAGAAGUGAAGAACAAAGUUAUCGAGUGCCUAGUAGAGAGAAUCUGAUGACUUUGGAGAAAAUGUAAGACUUCAUUAAAGACGAAAUUGAUGUACGUAUAUAUCAUAAACAAUCAUACAUUUGCUUCAAAGAAAGCUAACGAAACUCUCACACAACAUAUUCGAUAAAAUGACAGGAACACUUAUGUAUUAAAUGAUAAAUGUUUUAUUGUAAAGCUCCUCAUUUGUUAUAAACAAUGCGUUAUGGAGUGUAUUGUAAUUUUUAAACUUGACUAAAUUGUUUUUAUGUGGAGAAAA